CAAAGUGUCACUCUAAGAUCAGGUACCUGUCAAAAAACUUCUUUUUUUACUUAAAAUUUCCAUCGAAAAAUUUUCAGUGAAUACCAUGGCUCUGGAAAGCAAAGAAGAAGCUAUCAAUAGACAACUUCUAGAAAACCAGUCUUUUUUAUAUACAGAGAACCAACGUCUUCAGGAGAACGUGAUGAAAUUAUCGAAGCACCUGCAGGAGCUUAGAAAGAGCACAGUGGACCCCAAGGUGCUGGAGCACAUAAUCAAAGAGAAGAAUCAGCUGUUCUCUUUGAACGAGUGCCUGAAACAGAAAAUCAACACCAUCAAAGCUGUAGCGCCGGGUCUGAAGAAGGAGGAGCUGGAAAAGCAGGAGAAUCAGAAACAAGAAAUUCUGAAAUCCAUUGAGGAACUCGACACGAUUUUGGCUAAGAUCAAUGAGAGGCCAGAACCGUUUGAAAUUUCAUUGCCUCAGGAGAGUACUGUUAGUAAGCUGUGCCAUACUUUGACCACACGUUUGGAGGAAGAGCAAUAUCGUUCUGAUCAGGCCCUUGAGACCAUCCGACGGCUACGUGACGAUGACGAAAAGCUAAUUUUAAAAGAUAAAAUCAGUGACAUGAAGCAAUUGAUUAGUGAUCUAGAAGUUGAAAAUACUAAGCUGAAGUUUGAAGCUGAACAGCUCAAUGAGGACUUGCAAAGGUACAAGAAGAUGUGCGAUGAGCAAACAUCUGAGCUGACCAAUAUGAAAAAAGAAAAAUUCAAACUCGAAGACGAGAGGGACGAGCUGAAAGAUAAAAUAUCCGAGUUGGAGAAUGAAAAGUUGAAACUAAAAAAGGACAUGAUCGAGGAGCUGACCGAGGCCAAUAGGGCCAAAAGGGUGUGUGCCGACACGGAAAUAGCCCUUCAGCACAUCUCCGAAGCAUAUGAGAAUAAGCGGAAGGAAUCGGCGAGGUUGCAGAAGCAGCUUGAUGAAGCCAAUACGAUUAUAGGAGCGUUUCGGGAUCAGUUCGAUAAGAAUCCCAACGAUUUAAAAUUUCAUUGAUAAUAAUUUUAAUGUAACGUGUUUUGGUUAAAUAAACAAUAUUUUUGUCUUGCCCUUUAAA